AUGUACGGGUCUGUUUGGCUCGGUGUUGUAACCUUGUUUAUAGCCGGCAUAACUCACUGGGUUUACAAAUGGAGGAAUCCCAAAUGUAAUGGCAAACUCCCUCCGGGUUCCAUGGGAUUGCCACUCAUUGGAGAGACCAUCCAGUUUUUCAUCCCAAGCAAGUCCUUGGACGUUCCGAACUUCAUCAAGAAGAGGAUGAAAAAAUACGGUCCAUUGUUCUGUACAAACUUGGUAGGACGACCGGUGGUGGUGUCAUCGGACCCAGACUUCAACUACUAUAUAUUCCAACAAGAAGGGAAGUUGGUGGAGUUAUGGUACUUGGACUCCUUUGCAAAGCUUGUGGGUCUGGAUCCUUCAUCUAAUGCUGCGACUGGUUAUGUUCACAAGUAUGCUAGGAACUUGAUCUUGGCUUAUUUGGGUACGGAGGUCCUGAAGGACAAACUUCUUUCCAAGGCUGAAGAUCUGAUACGUACAAGGCUGCAUGAUUGGUCCAAGUUGCCUGCCUUUGAAAUCAAAGCAUGCCUUUCGUCGAUGGUAUUUGAUUUGACUGGGAUGGAGGUACUUAGUGAUGACUUUAAGAAGAUGGGAGCACAUUUUAGUGAAAAAUUUGCCAAUAUCUUACAAGCUCUUUUUUCAUUUCCUUUGAAUAUCCCGGGUACUUCUUUCCAUGAGUGUCUAAAGAAUCAAAAGGAGGCAAAAAGGUUGAUCCGUUAUCUACUGAAAGAGAGAAAAGUUACGUUAGAAAGUUAUAAAGGAGAUCUUCUUGAUAAGUUGGUUGAUGAUGCAAAGAAAGAAAAGUUCUUAUCAGAUGACUAUAUCGUUAUCUUUGUGUUUGGGAUUUUACUUGCUAGUUUUGAGACAAUUUCCACUGCCACAACGUUAGCUCUGAAGUUCCUCACUGAACAUCCUUUGGCAAUGCAAGAGCUAAUUGAGGAGCAUGAGGCAAUCCUCAAAAAUAAGGAAAAUCCAAAUUCUGGAAUUUCAUGGAAGGAAUAUAAAUCAAUGACUUUUACUCAUCAAGUUAUCAAUGAAACUCUUCGAUUAGCAAAUAUUGUUCCAGGGAUUUUGAGAAGGGCAAUAAAAGACAUUCAAGUAAAUGGAUAUACAAUUCCAGCAGGCUGGAUAAUCCUGCUUUAUCCUGCAGCUCUUCAACUAGACCCUAAUACUUUUGCUGAUCCCCUUACUUUCAAUCCAUGGCGAUGGAAGGAUAUCAGAGCUGGUGUUAGGGCAAAGAAUUUCAUGCCAUUCGGAUGUAGCUCAAGAUCAUGCGCAGGAGCAGAGUUCACCAAGGUUUUAAUGGCAACCUUUCUCCAUGUCUUGGUCACUAAUUAUAGGUUGACAAAGAUCAAAGGAGGAAAGAUAGCUCGGUCUCCCGGUUUGAUAUUUGAAAAUGGUUUCCACAUCAACAUUUCGAAAAAGCAUGGAUGUUGAGAACAAGUAUAAAUGGGAUUCAAGUAUAAGUUUGAUGUAGUACUUUGACAUAUAUGUCAAA